GCGCUCCUCUUUGGCUCUCGUAGUGCUCAAAUCCAAACUUUGCACGUGUGUUCCAAAACGGACCAUGCACACUGGGAUCUAGGAAAAAGGACUCGCAGACAGUUUGGCAAGUUAGAGAAGCAUGGCAGAAUACUCGCAGCUCACUGGAUAUCUGGUGUACAAGCCUGGAGGAACUUUCAGCCGACUCAAAAGCUCCAAACGACAAUUUUACGUGCUAGAUGACAGACAUUGGCGCCUGUUCUUUUACCGCUGCGAAGAAGAUUUCCGGAGUUCGAAACCUCCCCUUGGGUCCAUCGCUCUCUCUGAAGCGGCCAUCAACCUCACAUCCUCAGAGGAUGUCCACCAGUUCGUUGUCCAUUCUGAAGGAAAAGAACAUAUCCUGACAGCAGAAAGCCAUCGCGCUAUGAUGACGUGGGCUCAAGCACUACAAACUAAACGUGACGCCUGGGAUAAGAUGAUGACCUUGGGUGCAAAUCGAGACGAGGUGAGGUUGACAUACACCGAGGCCCAGCAGAAAGCUCUGAGGUCUACAGACAAAGCCGCCACGCAGGGCAGAAAACAGUCUCUACAACUGAACGGGAGUGCCCAGGAAGCACUUAAAAAGAUGGUCCAGGUUUCCUGGGAAAAAAGGAGGAACUCGACUUUGGCAGAUAUUGGACUUCUAAGACAUUCUGAAACCCCGAAACAUGAAACAGAAGCGAAUCCAUCAUCAGAAAUUCCAUCGAGGGAACCUAGUCCAAGGCAGUGUGACCCAAUUCGGGAAGAAGAUGCUAAAGAAUCUUCUCCAGAGACUGAGUCGGCUUCUGAAUCGGAUCGACUGGCGGCUCAAGAAGACGAUGAAGAUGACUUAGAAGCCUCGCCCCUCCUAAGGCUUUCAGAGGUUCAUAUGAAGUAA